ACGGCUGGUUUUGAAGCUUUCGAAGUGUUUCGAGCGGGUAUGCCAAACAGGUGAGAAGCGAAGCCAGUAGCCGAGUUCAAAAUGGGGUGAAAAAGCCACGGAGAGUGCCGAUGAGGUCGUGGAGGCCAGACGGGGGUCGGGGGUGGGAUACACGGACGCUAGGCAGGUGUGGGUGCUUUGGGAAGCGAGUGGUAGGGGGAGUGAUUUCUUGUUUUGUUGUGCAGUUUGAGACACCACAGGGCGCAACUACGAGUGGUGGUGGGCAGGCUAGUACAGAGUGCGGGAACGCAGGUACGGAAGGUGCACCGUGUGUGGUGGUGCUAGGGAGAGAUAGGGAGGUAGGGGAAGCGCUAGGGAGAGGUAGGGGGAGUACUAGGGGAGUACUAGCGAGUGCUAGGGGUAGUGAGUGCCAGCUGGUGCCAGUACGCCACCAGUCUUCGGUAGUCGUCAGAGCCGGCAGAGCGUGGAGGCACUGGUCCAUCCGCAGCGUCCGUCAGGCCCCAUUGGGCGCGAUGCGUGCUGGGAUUAGCGCGGUGCUGGCCCAGUGGUGCCACGCUAGGCAGCCGUUUUGACCGCAGCGCAUUGAUGGGUUUCUGGCGGAUUCUGGCACACCGACGGAUCUGCCAAUUCCGGACGCUUCCGACGGACUUUUCACCACGAGGCCGGAGGUGACGAUAACACUGGCAAUCUUGGGCCUGUAACGCAUUGCUGGCUCGGCUGUGCUCAGGGCGACCCGCGGCAUCCAUGCUGGUGACGGUUCGGGUGCGUAAGCGGUGACGCCAGCACCCGCCCGUUGGUUGUGCCCACCCUAAAACUGGCCACUUCGGCAAGAACCCUGCCCGUUUGGGGACGGGCUGCGACCGGUCGUGUCGCUACCGGCCCUGUUUGUACCCUGCAAUGGGUGCGAAAUUUGUGGUAGAGGAGGACCCUCUACCGCUACAGCCAUGUCCCGCUCGUUGUUGAUACUACUACUCUACUCAAUGUCGGUGGUGCUGGGGGCUGUAGAAAGCCCCUCCGCUGUUACGAACCCCA